CGCAGGUGCUCGAGAGUUCGUUGCUAAAGAGUUUGUGUAAACAGUUUCAGUUUCAUUUUUGGAAUUAAUGUUUAUAGGUGGUAAACGAAUAAAAGCUUAAUCUGUUUUACAAACACCUCACUACUCUUAAUCAUGGAGAGGUUUAGCCAAGACAUGCCUUUAUUGGAAGGUGAUGAUUUCUUCAAGAACCUUGAUAUGAUGGAACAGGAUUUCUUAAUUGAAGGGGACAUUCAAGAUUAUGAUGAAGAUGGGGAGAUGGAGUUACCAUCAGAAGAAGAUGAAACCAUUGUUGAGUCCCCAGACUAUCCUGACACACCAGAUGAGAGGCUGUCCAAGCAGGAGCAGCUGCGUAUGAUGCACCUGAGGAGUCACCUGAACCAGAUCACAGAGAAAGUGAAACACCAUCAGUACAUGACCGACAAAACUAGGGAUGAGCUGAAGCAAUGUCGAAGCAAGAUCAUUGAACUGGAGGCCGAGAGGAAUGAAACUAGAGACGAACUGCAGAACCAGACCAGCGAUGGAAACCAGUCAGCAAUUUAUCGUUUGCGGGCCACACAUGAUCGUCUCAGUCAGGAGAUUCUAGAUGAACGACAGAUUGAGAAACUGAUCCUGGAACGACUGGAGAAGGAAGAGUAUGACUUAAACAUGAUUUUACCUGCAGGUAUGAGUUUGAACAAGGUGGAGGUAGAGAGAGGUAAGUUCCUGCUGGCGGAGGACGAACUCGUAAAAAGGGAAGAUCGACUGGCCAAGGAGAAGACGGACCUUGCCAUACGACGCCUCAGAAAGGAAGAGAAAAAGGCUGCGGCAGGCUGA